CUGUAGUCGACUCGUGAAAACAUUUGGUGUGUAUAAAAAUUUUAGACUUUGUACGUAUAAAAUAAGGAUGAGGCGCACUUGGAAUUUUAGCAAAGAACAAUACUGUGUUUUUAGAAUAAGCCUAGGAACUUUAGAAAAAAAGUUUUCCGUGUUUAAGGGGAUUCUAUCUGUUUUAUCGACAGAAUUGUACAAUUUGUUCCAAAAUCUUUCUCCACGAUUAAAGUAUAGAUGAUAACAGUGUGCGGAAUACAUAAACUUUAAUUCUAGAGAAGGAUUUCUAAAUCUAUAAAAGAAAUACAUACAAAAUUUUAUUAAUGACGUGCCUAAAUGACUUUACAUUAUCGAUCAAGUUUGACGAGCAGUUUAGCAUUCCCUUAAGGAAUAAGACUAUAUCCGUCAAAUUACAAUCCGUAAAAAAGUUAUUUAUUGGAUCAAAUUUUGUUCAUUUAAGCGCUUUUACUAGAAAUUUGUAGCGGUAAAACAGAGGACUUUAGGAUUCCCUUAAUUUUUUGAUUUUAAACAAAAUUCAACAUGUCACAUAUCAAACUGUAUUAUAGCCUAAAUAUAAAGCAGCACUUUUUUGCAAUUUUAAUCGUAAAUUUCUCUAAAUUGUUACGUGACAAGUAAUAAAAUUUUUUUAAUUAUAAAACAUUUUUAAUGUAUUUAAAAAAUUUUUGAUAUUAACAUAAAAUUUUCUUUUUGCCUUCUUUAUUUUGAUAGUGUAAAGAAUUUUUAAUUCUGUAAAGUCAAAUUUCAAAAACAUUUUUUAAUAAAAAAAUGUCGGUAAUUUUAUAUCCGUACGAUCUAUUAUCUCGAACAGGUCGAAUCUUUUCCGAGCUACGGAAUUCAGUUCUGAGAUCGACGUAGAUUGAGAAAAUCGCUACCGUUGCCAGAUCACGAAAUGCGAUGGGUUCGGCGACCGAGGCAUCGCGACAGAAAUGAAAUGUCAAUGGAGAAGUGUCCCAUUAGGAGGCAAACACAUCCUAUUAAAGGUUCAAGAGAUUGCAUUGUUCUUAGCUCGUGUGCCCUUAAACCAGCCAGAUCGCGGGGUCGUCGUGACAACGGUGGCCUUUAAAUCGGCGACAAUAAAUCCAUAUGUCGUCGUUCCCCGCGUGCCCGUAUACUUGCGCCGGUCUCACUUCAUCCGUCCUCGUAACGUCACUGUACUCCACGGCGAGAAUAAAAUCUCGGAAACUUGAUAUGCAUCGAUAAAUAACGAAGCCGUACUAAGUCCUCAAGUCAUUCAAUUUACAAAAAACAAGAUUUCCUUGAUAAAAUGUACAACUGUACCGGAGGCGUAUGUGUCAGCGUAAAGUAUCCUCUCUUCCCCCAAAAAUUAAAUAUAAAGUCCACUUAGUUUAUUCAGAGAGAGGACACUUUUAUUGCUGUAUCUAAAAAUUUAACUGGAUGAAAUUUAGAAAAUAAUUUUAUAUUGGCUUAUCAAAAUAAUUAUAUAGGACACUCAAGCAUGAUAAUUAUUGUAAAAUAUUUCAACAUUCUAAUAAUCAACUUAAACGUUUAAGGGGGCAUAGCAGUUUGUCGGGUUAAAAAAAUCGAUAUUUUUUUUAUUGCAUUUUUAAACCUUCAAGAAUGUUGUCCUAAAACUGUUUUUUUAAAUUCUAAUAAGUAAAAAAGUUACACAAUAUAUUUUAUCGGGCCGUGCACAGGCGUGCGCUUGCCCUUUUUGACAUCCGGGCCCAGCACGCGACACGGAAGGCUCGUAUAAGUCGCCGUCUUUCUAAAAAUGAACAAAUAAAGACAGAUCUUGAACAGGAGGGUUCCCUGUAUGGCCCAGGAAUUGACGAUAAUAAGUUUAAUGAAUUCAGUUUUACAAUAGAGUAACAUCGUUCGAAAAUUUUAAACGCGUUUUUCUCAAAACCAUGUUUUUAAAGUCUGUAACCAUGAUAACUUGAAAACGGAUCAACCGAUCUACCUUUUUUUUUUAACUAAAAGCUUAUGAAAUUUGCUUGUCUUUGUCGUAUCCGAUUUUUAAAAUUCAAAUUUUUUCUAUUUUUUUUUUAAACAAACAAAAAUAAAAUUUUUGGCCGAAAAUCGGCAUUCUAAUUUUAAAGGUUCGCCAUUUUGUUUAAAAUUUGAAUUUUAAAAAUCGGAUACGACAAGGACAAGGGAAUUUACUCUUCUUUAAGAUCCCGUUUGGUUUUUGUGUUUCGGAUGAACGGGCAAGGAGAUAUUAUGGUUACCGCAGAAUCAUGCGUGGCGCGCACGGGUAACUACACGACGGUGAAAGGGAGGGGGAUUUUUUAACUAAACUAGUACAAUAAAAUUUGUACGAAAAUUACAAAAGGUGUACUUUAUUAUGCAAAAAGUCUCAUUUUUAUUGUUAGUCUCUUGGCUGUAAAAAAAAUUCAUGAAAAAUGCCUUUUUUAGUAGCGCCAAACUGCUAUGCCUCUUUAAUAUAAUUUUUCUUAUAGUUUAAUUAUUAUUUCAUAAUUAUUUAGUAAUUAACGUUGUUAUUUUUAAAUCUCAGGUAUUUUAGUAAAAUUAUUUUCUUUGUUUAUUUGAUAAAAAUCUUUUUAAUUGAGUUUUAAAAAUAGAUUUUUAACUGUAGAAUUUAAAAAUGCUGCUCCUGCUCAAUAGAAAGAUUAAAUUUAAUAAAUCAACGAUAUAUUGAGUAUAUACUUACUCAAUAUCAAUCAAAUAUAUUAAAUAUUGAGUAGGAGCAAUGACGAUUUAAUGGAAAUUAACAGUGUGAAGUAAUUGUAAUUGUCAUUUGAUACAUGCGUGCUGCAUGAUAAGUGUGUUGGCCAGGUGCUCUCGGUUUGCCUUCCGAAAAGUAGUGAUUCAUUUAAAAUCAGACAUUGUUCUGGAUGAAUUUGAAUCUUUGGCACAUAGAACAGACGUGCAACUCUUAUGUCAUAAUAAAUAAAAGUAAAAUAAAUUAACUGAGUCUUAAAUUACCGGGAAAUAUUCAGUAAUGAUACUAGUUAAUAAGUGUAAUUAGUAAUAUAAUCUUAAUUUAAUAAUAAUAUUGAUAAAGUGUAUUAGGCUUUAUUUAUAAGAUUAUAUAGAUAUUUAUAAGCAAUUAAAAUAUUUUAUUUCUGUUUAAUUUUAGUUCUUUAAAUGCUUAAAAAGGUUUCAAUUUUAAACAAUGAUUUAGACUCAAAACAUUAAGAUAUUUAAAGUUGAAACAUUGCUAAUUAGCUCUAAACAUUUUAGUAUUUUUAAUUUAAACAUUGUUCAAAAGUCGAACAGCCUUAACUAUUUCAGAAACUAAAACACAUUUAAUAUCUCAAAAUUCAAUACUUUUUUUUUACUAUGUUCUUCCCACGCAUCAUGUACGAAAUAUACAAUCGCGUCGCGUCGCGAGUUUCGAGUAAACGGUAAUCGCUCGCGAUGAUCGUCUCCUCGUUGGUGAUCAGAGGGGGAAUAGUGCGACCGAACUAUCGUCGUUCAUGAGGAUAUAUAAGAACGAGGGCUCGCAGGAGCACGGACCCGUCGACAGGACCCGAUACACAGUCCCGGUGUGACAGGGUGCCCGCGAUAUCGAGGCGCUCCCGAGCCGCGCGCUGGGUGACGCGCAGUGCAAAGUGUCAUCGCCGGUUUCAGAAGUUAUCCUCGCCAUAUACAUCUUCGUUAUCGUCGUCAUAAAUGACAGCUACAAUGGGUCAUCGCAGAGUUAUACGCUCGCUGAUUUGGUGUUUGCUAUCAUUUCCGGCGAUUCUCGCUGAGAGGCUAUCCCCGGAUCAAAAGGCACCGCAGUUCGCGCGCGGCUCCGGCGGCCUCAUCUUGAACCCGCCCUUCGAAGAUGAGCAGAAGACAGUCGCGGGUCCACCGGCCACAAGUGUCGUCAACGAAGACGGUGUCCAGCGGGAGGAGAUGGCCACUCUGAAACUCGUGGACGGCGAACUGGUUCGAGUGGUGGAGGGUUCCUACUCUUACAAGAGUCCCGAAGGAAUCCCCGUUUCCGUUCACUAUGUCGCAGACGAAAACGGGUACCGAGCCGGAUUCAGAUUGGGAGCCGCCGCGACCGGAGUGAUGAUGGAAUCUCUUAUCAGACCUUUAGGACCCACCGUCGGAUCUAUAGGACCCAAUAUCGGACCACGCAUUGGUCCUCCGGGACAAGGAGGAACUACAUAUCUGCCAUCGAAGCCGAACGUUGACCGGAGUUACUUACCGCCUCAAUAAACUUGACGGCUGGCUUUAACACGCUUCCGCAUUUUGUGGGCAGUGUAAUCGAUGGAACAGAAGAAGUUGCAAUAUCGAUACCUCUCACAGAAAGAUGGGACAAUUUUCUCUGUACAGAAAUGCCGAGCCGCGAGUGGUUUUCGGCUGAACAACUUAACUACGGCUUAUUUAAAAUUAUUUAAAAAAGAUAAAAUUGAAGGAUAUAACAGAACUUUGUACCUUGACUAAUUCCUGUUAUUUGUUUUUAACUGUCUUAACACUUGUGUGUAAUAUAUUGAAAUAUUUAAUUUGAGAAUCUUAAAGUAAAAAAAAAGAACAAACACUUCAAAACAUUUGAUAAUGAAUAAAUGAUAAUCUUUUGAAAAACAGUCUUAAUAAUAUCUUUAAAAAGUGUUUAUAUUUUAAAUUUAUGAAGUUUUCUAAAGAAAUAUUUUAAACUUAGGAUAAAGUUCCAAAAACAUCUUACCUCCGAUUUUUUUGAAACUACGUAUUCUUACGUAUUUUGGGGCUCUGAUUACGAAUAUGAUGGUGAAUAUUGAAAAUUUAACUUUUAUGGCAAAAACCAUGAAAAAAACCAUAAAAAUCA